AAGGACAUCCAAUGCUCCAAGAAGAGAGAACAACAGACAGAGAACUGCCGUUUCUCUCUUAACCCCUCCGAUGAUCCAAGAUUUCUGAAAUCUUGAUCUCUUCAACUAUAACUCGAAUCGGAAAGCUUAAUCAAUUUAGAUCGAUUCCUGUUCUAAGACAAGCGCAGCAUAGCAUGGCUUCAAUGGUUGCAAAGGCCAGUAGCACUGCCAGUCAAGUAUUGCCUGUUAUGCCAGUCCAAGAGAAAGGAAGUAGGAAUAAGAGAAAAUUCCGAGCCGAUCCUCCCCUUGGGGAUCCAAAUAAGACUCUCUCUUUGACUCAAAGUGAGUGUGCAAGUUAUGAAUUCUCAGCUGAGAAAUUUGAAGCUACCCCAAUCCAUGGACAUCCGAGUGGGUGUGAGAUGUGUAGUGUUAGCCAAGAUCAUUCAGAUGCUUUGAAACUUGACCUUGGAUUGUCCCCUGCAUUGGGGUCAUCUGAGAUGUGUCCAAGCCGGUCUGAAGAGGAAACCGAGGCAGCAGAUGGCUUCCAUGAUGCUGAUUGGAGCGACCUUACAGAAUCCCAGCUUGAAGAACUUGUUUUGAGCAACUUGGACACAAUUUUCAAGAGUGCUAUUAGAAAAAUUGUUGCUUGUGGUUUCAGCGAAGAAGUUGCUACGAAGGCUGUUUUGAGGUCUGGGCUUUGUUAUGGUUGCAAAGACACUGUGUCAAAUAUAGUGGACAACACUCUGGCAUUUCUUAGAAGUGGCCAAGAGUUUGAUCCAUCAAGGGAGCAUUGCUUUGAGGAUUUACAGCAGAUGGAGAAGUACAUAUUGGCAGAGCUGGUUUGUGUUCUUCAAGAGGUUAGGCCUUUCUUCAGCACAGGAGAUGCAAUGUGGUGCUUGUUGAUAUGUGAUAUGAAUGUCUCGCAUGCUUGUGCAAUGGAUUGUGAGUCCUUGAGUGGCUUAGCUGGAGACGGGGUUCCCAGUUGGAACAAUUCUGUUCCCACCCAGUCCCAGUCGAGAACAGAGACAAAAAAUUCUGAACUCAGUCUGCCAAGUCCCUGCAAACCAAGUCCUUCCGUUGCUUGUGCUCAUACUUGUCAAUGUGAGACAGCUGCCAUGCCUUCAAUUCCUUUUGUUCAUAGUUCCCAGUCUGAGACACCCACUGUCCCAGUGUUUCCAAACCUUAUAAAACAAAAGAAUUCCUUUGUUCUAAAUGGACUUGUUCCAGAAAAACUGACCUCGAUACCUGCUUCUGAUGGUGUGGAUAAAUCAUUUGGUGCUGUAGGAACAAUGCAAUCUCAUGCACCUGAAGAAAAGUUUGCAGGUAGUAGAAAGAUUUCUGGUAUUAGCAAGAGAGAAUAUAUUCUACGACAGAAGUCACUUCAUCUAGAGAAAAGCUACCGUACCUACGGUUCUAAAGGAUCUUCCAGAGCUGGAAAAGUAAGCAGUUUGGGUGGUCUAAUUUUGGAUAAGAAACUAAAAUCUCUUUCAGAUUCUCCAGGUAUUAAUGUUAAAAGUGCUUCCCUGAAGCUAAGACAAACAAUGGGAAUUGAUGUGCCUCAAGACAAUGUAAACCAUACUUCAUCAACUAAUGUUGUUGGACUUUCCUCGCCUGAGGUAUUGAACUUGGAGACAGUAAAUACUCUUUCCACCUUGCCUAAAACCAGUGUCCCAUCUACAAUACCUACAGCCAGCACACCAACGUCUUUAUCAGCUGCUGAUACUGAGCUUUCACUUUCACUUGCUACAAAAGGCAAUUCUGAUUCAUCAUCCAUCAGCAGCAAUGUGGAAACUCCUAAUUGUAGUUAUGCCAGGGUACCAUAUGAUAAGUUGCUGGGACAGUGUUUCCCGCAGGUCAAGAAAGAUGAAAUGAUGUUGAAGUUGGUUUCAAGAGUGCGGGAACUGCAAAAUCAGCUGCAGGAGUGGACGGAGUGGGCCAACCAGAAGGUUAUGCAGGCUGCCAGAAGGCUAAGUAAGGACAAAGCUGAACUUAAGACUCUGAGGCAAGAGAAAGAAGAGGUAGAACGGCUUAAAAAAGAGAAGCAAACUUUGGAGGAAAACACCAUGAAGAAGCUUUCUGAGAUGGAGAAUGCCUUGUGUAAAGCCAGUGGCCAGGUUGAGGGAGCUAAUGCUGCUGUUCGGAGACUUGAGGUGGAGAAUGCUGCAUUAAGGCAAGAGAUGGAAGGUGCUAAAUUACAAGCUGCACAGUCAGCUGCAAGUUGCCAGGAGGUGUUGAUGAGGGAGAAGAAGACAUUGAUGAAAUUUCAGUCAUGGCAGAAGCAGAAGACCUUGUUUCAGGAGGAACUGGCAGCUGAAAAGCGCAAGCUGUCACAGCUGCAGCAGCAACUGGAACAUGCUAAAGAUCUACAUGAUCAGCUUGAGGCUAGAUGGAAGCAGGAAGAAAAGGCGAAGGGAGAACUACUUACCCAGGCCAGUUCAGUAAGAAAAGAAAAGGAACAAAUUGAAGCUUCAGCUAAAUCAAAAGGGGAUGCAAUCAAAUCUAAAGCAGAAGCCAAUCUGCAGAAGUGCAAAGAUGAUAUUAAGAAGCUUGAGAAAGAAAUCUCCCAAUUGAGAUCGCAGACUGACUCCUCCAAAAUAGCUGCUUUAAGAAGAGGCAUAGAUGGAAGCUAUGCUAGCAGGCUGACUUACAUUAGAAAUUCCCCGUCUCCUAAAGAUCCCCCGGUGCCUUAUAUCCCUGGAAUAGUGGCAAAAGUUCAGGAAUACUCUGGGACGGGAGGUGUGAAACGUGAACGGGAGUGCGUGAUGUGCCUUUCUGAGGAGAUGUCGGUGGUUUUUCUCCCGUGCGCUCAUCAGGUAGUCUGCACAAUGUGCAAUGAACUCCAUGAAAAACAGGGAAUGAAGGACUGCCCUUCAUGUAGGAGCCCCAUCCAAAGGCGAAUUCCUGUACGCUAUGCUCGCUCUUAGCCUUAUCCCCUGCCUGAGUUGAGUGUGCUAAACCACAAUUUGUGGGUUUCCUUUGAAGUGAAUAAUGUGUUUGUUUUACACCUUUCAAUUGUUUAAACUUGAAAGAACUGAAAUGCCUUGACUCAGAAAAGGAUGUGCCUUAAACAUGGGAUUAUCUACGGCGGUUCUUGGCUUCUCAUAAAUAAACACAAGCUUUCUCCUGUUUGAGAAAUCCCAUAAUCUGCUCGUUCUCUAUAAACAGUUCACUAGUAAGCCUGAGGUUGUACCGUGUUUUGUUUGCUUCAUGGUUUACGCGUUGCAUUCCCUCU